AUAUUGAAUGCUUGACCAACCUCCACCUCGGAAUUCUACACAUCAGCAACGAUUCUUGUCAAGAUGUCAAGUGCUGAGUGGCGGGGCGGUCAAGAUACAUACGAAGAUGAACAGGAGAAGAAGGUUAUCUUGGGUGCACUAUCCUCUUUCUAGUAAGUUUGCCGUUCCUGCUUCUGAUUCAACUCGAUGGUAUUUUGAACCCACCGAAAGCCUCUGUGAUCUUCUCACAGUGAAGAUACACAUCAUUGUUCCAGCGUCAAGGGGUGAAUAUUUCAACGUACUAUCCUCACAAUCCAUAUCACUACAUCAAUUAAUUCACUCUAGUUGGCAAUUCGAACCGACUUGACCAAACUCACGGAAAAAGCAUCCAAUACUCUUUCCAAAGAAGCCACAAGGAACCUUCCACUGACUCGUUGCAGUCAAUACUCCAAAGUUGCCCAUUACAACACUACUCAUCUCAGACGACAAUCCUUCUAUGCUCUCCCAAAGAAGCACUGGGAGCUCUUAGCGAAGCCUCCUUUCUCCUACCUUGACACUCUCAACGAAGUAGACCUGGCCAUUGACAAGAAUGCGGAAAUUGCUCAAGCUAUUCUUAAAGCUGGUCUCGAAUCUUUCGGACUUAAUGAUCCAUCCCUGAUAGUAACCAAAGAUGGCUCCGAUUGGCGAACCUCCGCAACCACGAAUGACCUAGAAAAGGCGCGCAGUACUCUCCGUCAACUCUUCCGCGAUUGGUCUGAGGAAGGUAUCGUCGAGAGAAAUGCAGCACACUGCCCAGUACACGCCGCACUGCAAAAAGAGCGAAGUCUUCGUAGUCUUCGAAGUAAUGAGAAAAUGAACAUUCUUGUCCCCGGUGCGGGUCUUGGUCGCCUGGUCUUUGACCUAUGUAUUGAUGGAUUCAACGCCGAAGGCAACGAAAUAAGCUACCAUCAACUUCUUGCAAGCUCCUAUAUCCUCAACUACUCCGUCGGAUCUCGUAUACACACUUUGUAUCCAUGGGCUCAUUCCUUUUCCAACCACAAAUCUCGCAAAAACCAUUUGAAAUCGGUUCUAAUACCCGAUGUCAGUACAGGAGAUCUCAUGACUCACACGGAAGAAUCUGGAGAUAUGAGCAUGAGUGCAUCUGACUUUCUGCUUUUGUACGGAAGUAAGAAACAGCAAGACAGAUUUGAUGCUGUUGCCACCGUAUUUUUCCUUGAUACAGCUCCUAAUCUCAUUCGAUACAUCGAGACUGUGCGCAAUUGUUUGAAGACAGGAGGAUUAUUGAUAAAUGUCGGUCCUCUGCUUUGGCAUUUUGAACGAAACGCACCUGGGAGUCAUGGUCGUGAGCGAGAGGAGAGGGAAAAGGAAAUUGCGAUUGAGAUAGACAGCGGAAAGGAGAAAGAGCAGGAGAAUGAGAAUGAAAAGGCGACGGAGAAAGAUAAGGGGAAGGGAAAAGAGGUAGAUAAGGGGAAGGGAAAGGAGGUAGACAAGGGAAAAGGAAAGGAGGUAGAUAAGGGCAUAGGAAAAGAGAGAGAGCAGGAGAAAGAUCCUAAACCAACCACCUGGGGUACGUUCACUUGCCCUCAUCAACUACAUAAAUACUAAUUAAUCCCAGGAAUCGCGGAUCCAGGUAGUGUCGAACUGACAGACGACGAGGUUGUUGCUCUUGUAGAAGAGCUGGGGUUUUCCAUUGAGAAGCGAGUAUUCGGUAUCCAAGCACCUUACAUUCAGGAUGCAAACAGCAUGUUACAGAAUACUUAUCGGGCUAGCCACUGGGUGGCAAGGAAGAAAUGAAAAGUUUGUGCUUUGGGGA